GUCACAGAUUAUGAACCCAAUAAUUAGCGACAGAUUACGCACUCCGUGUAUUUUAUUUAUAUGAGAACUUCUUAUGACAAAUUUUAUGAGAACUUCCUUUGCUACUCUAACAAUGAAGAUCAUGAUGAUGCUUCCUCUGCUACUCUUUUUCUCUCUCUCUGCGCUGCCUCCUCACAUGGCAGAGUCUUCCAAUCAUUCUGAUGAAGAAGCUCUCAUGGCUUUCAAAGCUGCUAUCUCUCUCGAUCCAUAUAAUUCCUUACUCCAUUGGAAUCCCAAUCACACCUUCUGUAAUUGGACUGGCAUUACCUGCUCUUCUCGUCGACAGCGUGUGGUUUCCUUGAAUCUCAGUGGUAUGGGAUUACUUGGCCCCAUCUCUCCCUUUCUCGGAAAUCUUUCCUUCCUUAGAGUACUUGCUCUCCACAAUAAUAGCUUUCACGGCCAUAUUCCAUAUCAGCUUGGAAGGCUAUUUCGCUUGAGAAGGCUUCGGUUGUCUUUUAACAAUUUAAGUGGAAGCAUUCCACCUGAAUUUAGUCAUCUUUCAAAUUUAGAAGCCCUAGGAUUAGGAAGAAACGAAUUGACAGGUAUUAUCCCACCUUUCUUAGGAAACAUGUCCUUUUUGAAUAUCCUUAGUUUGUCCGAAAAUGCACUCCAAGGUGGUAUUCCUGCCGAGUUGGGUAUGCUUAGUCAGCUAAAAAGGCUUGAUCUUUGCAUGAAUAACUUAACAGGGUUGAUCCCCGUUGCCCUUUCAAAUUGCACUCGUCUCCAAACUUUGGAGCUCUGUGAUAUCAACUUAAACGGCCCAAUUCCAUGGGAGUUUGGAAGGCUGUCAGAGCUGCAAGAAGUGGUUUUGUGGAAAAGUCAACUCAGUGGAGAAAUACCCCGCUCAGUGGGGAAUUGGACUCACCUGGAAGAGCUGGAUUUGGGGAGGAACCAACUGAGCGGCACAGUGCCCCUGGAAUUUGGUAAGUGGAAGCAGCUGAGAUGGUUUAACUUGUGGGGAAAUAAUUUUGUAAGUGGAAGCAGCGGUCUGCCUAUUCUAACAGCGCUAACUAAUUGCUCCAGCUUGGAACACCUUGUUUUGGGAGAUAAUCAUCUCACUGGCGUCUUGCCCACUUCAGUUGGUCGCCUUUCAAAUUCACUCUCUUUUUUAUCUUUGGCCUCAAAUGAAAUUGGGGGAAACAUACCAAAUGAGAUUGGUAACCUAACAAACCUGGCAACAUUAGAUCUAAGUGAAAACCGAUUCAAUGGGGCCAUUCCAUCUGCACUCGGCAAACUUCCAAAUCUGGAAAGAUUAUAUCUGAAGUCAAACAAUUUGCAGGGAAGAAUUCCAAAAAGUUUUGGCCAAUCAAAAAGGCUUGGAUAUUUGACACUGAGUAAGAAUAUGCUUUCAGGACAAAUUCCAGAUAGUCUAGGCGAGCUUCCACAAUUAAGAGACCUUUUUCUUUAUCGCAAUCAACUAUCAGGCAAUAUACCUGCCAGUUUAGGGAAAUGUAAGACAUUGGAGACGGUGGACUUUUCCCACAACAAACUAACAGGAAACAUACCUCCUGAAGUUGCAGGUCUGCAAAAUCUCCAGUUUUAUUUCAAUGUUUCCAACAAUUUCUUGCAAGGUUCUAUUUUGGAAAUAAGUAAAAUGGUUAUGGUUUUAGCUAUAGAUCUUUCUCAAAACAAUUUCUCGGGUGUCAUUCCUAGUGCACUAGCAAGCUGAAAGGGUUUGGAAUAUCUAAAUCUUUCUUGGAAUGCAUUUGAGGGGCCAAUCCCUGCAUCACUAGCAGAUCUGCAAAAUCUGCAGUACAUGGAUCUUUCUCGCAAUAAUUUGUCAGGUAUGAUACCGGUGACUUUCAAAAAGAUGAAAAUGCUUCAACAUCUCAAUCUCUCUUCAAACAAGUUGACUGGAGAGGUCCCAAAGGAAGGAGCUUUCGCAACACUCGAUGCCUCAGAAGUUAUGGGAAAUCUUGGCCUCUGUGGUGGAUGGAUAAACUUGCCACCGUGCUCUCAUUCCAAUCACAAACAGCCAUUAGUCUCCAAAAAGGUGAUUAUUCCUGUCAUAGUAGGCAUUGCAAUUUUGAUCAUGUCUCUUCUAUUGGUAGCAUUUUCUUAUAUAUUAUGUAGACAUUCCAGUACCCCUGCUCUCAAUGUAUGGCCUCCAAAAAUUUCAUAUGAAGAACUUGUAGAUGCAACUGGUGGGUUUAGUGACGAAAAUCUUUUAGGAAUUGGUAGUUUUGGGUCAGUUUAUAAAGGAAUUCUAAAGAAUGGUACAAAUAUUGCUGUUAAAGUUAUCAAGUUGCAAGAUCAACAUGCUCACCAAAGUUUUAGCAGAGAAUGCAAUGUAUUAAAGAGAGUUCGACAUCGCAAUGUAAUAAAAAUAAUUUCAGCAUGCUCCAAUCUUGAUUUCAAAGCCUUAAUUCUUCCAUUCAUGUCAAAUGGAAGUUUAGAGAGAUGGUUGUAUCAUUCAGAAGGCGGUAGAUGGAGAUUAAAUUUGAGUGAUCGAAUAAGGAUAGCAAUGGAGAUAGCAGAAGGAAUGACAUAUCUUCACCAUUAUUGCUUUGUUCAAGUGAUUCACUGCGACCUCAAGCCCAAUAAUGUCCUGUUAGGAGAUGACAUGACUUCAUACAUCGCAGAUUUUGGCCUUUCCAAUAUUAUUUUCGGCAAUUCCGUGGAUUCUUUGACUUCUACAGAUGCACUUAAAGGAUCUGUUGGCUACAUUGCACCAGAAUAUGGAAUAGGUGGAAAGCUUACUACAAAAGGAGAUGUAUAUAGUUAUGGAAUUUUAAUUCUAGAGUUAUUGACAAGGAGGAGACCAACAGAUGAUAUGUUCACUGAAGGAAUCAAUCUACAAAAAUGGAUAGAAAUGCAUUUUCCAAAUAGAAUCUCAGAUGUGGUGGAUAAUUGUUUGCUUAUAGAUGCUCAUGAAUCGGGGACAUCAAUGGUAAUAGAAUGCCUUACUCAAUUUAUACAAAUUGGGCUCUUUUGCACAAGGGAGUCACCUCAAGAGCGACCUGAUAUGACUGAGAUAGUUGAUAGAUUAAAUACAAUUAGAGGUGCAUUUCUUGGUACACCUAAAACUCCUCAAUUACCAAUAGACAUCUCACCUUUUCUUGACAAUACAAGAGGUAUAAAUAUGACUGGUUCAGGGAACAAUGAAGGUUCAUCUACAUCUACUUUCUAGGUCUACAUAAAUAUUGUUGUUUUGUUUGCUAGCCAACUAGAUAAUAAUAAUGUCCAUGUAUUAUAUUUUUUAGUUCAUUAUAUAUAGUGAGGAGAUGAAAUAAUGUUUAGAUUGUGAUAUUUAUAGUGUAUAGAAUAUUGUGACAUUAUUUAUGAAACAUUUGAAAUUGUGA